AAAACCCGGUUUUUUGUUUUGUCAGUUUUAGUUUAGCUUUUCGGUUCGUUUGUUGCGACUUCUCAAGUGAUUGAUUCAGUUGCAAUCGCUCUCACGAAAAUGCGCUAGAUUUUGAUUCUCCAUUUCUUCGAUCAUUCCAUUGAAUUUCACACUUUCAAAUCAACUUCUCAACGUCGUUUUCCUGGCACUGGUGAGAGAUAGUCAGAUAUCCUCUUCUUACAAAUAAUGUGGAAAAUCAGUAGGUCUUUAUUAGAAGACAAUGAAGAGCAAGAGGAGAGCUUGUUGGGUGGUGACUCAGGUGGCCUAUGCUCCCUCUCUACAACACAGAGACUUUAUGGAUUUGCUGCUUGUUUGGUUGCUGGUCUAGCUUGCAUGAUACUGUCUAUGAUUGUUUUUGCCAAACCCAUCAAAUUUGCAGUAUUGUUCACCUUUGGCAACCUGUUAGCAGUUGGAAGUACAGCCUUUCUUCUUGGACCAGCACAACAAAUGGAAAUUAUGUUUGACCCUGUUCGUGUUUUUGCAACAGCCAUUUACCUUGGAUGUGUGGUUAUAGCACUUAUUUGUGCUCUCUUGAUCCAUAGCAAGGUGUUGACGCUAAUUGCAAUCAUAAUUGAGAUCGGUGCCCUCAUUUGGUACAGCCUGAGUUAUAUCCCUUUUGCUCGAAGAAUGGUUUCCGAGUUGAUGAUUAGAUUAUGUGAUACAGAGCUCUAAACCACGAGAAAAAAAAAUAGAUGUCUCGUUUGGUGUGGUCUAUAGUUAGAUAUGUUUGGCGUUUGGUUUUUGUGGACUGAUUUGUGGUGAAGUUGGCAUUGCUGAUUUUGAUCAUGAAGUUAAGAUAUCAGCUUUUUUGUGUGCCCAUGAAGCUUCUUGUUGGCCUUCAUUUGGAAUUUUUCUUCCAUGCCCCUAUUCUUUUCCUUUCACUUAAAAUAGAUAAUGGGUUGAAAUUUUGUUUACACAAAGUUGUUGUAAAGGAUACAAAGAAGUUUAUUUUUUCAUUUUUUGAAAUGUUGCUUUUACUAAGUUCAUUUUUUCUUCGUUUUGGUUA